AUCACCGCAUCACCCAUCAGGCUGUCUUUCUGGAUACGACUCUUAUCCUCGUGGUUCUGAUUACUGCCAUUCAUUGUCAUACAAUCAGGAACACAACUGCAGGUGUCACUACUUGCCGGAAUCAGACAACAUAAAGCAUACGGCUUUCUUGGGCGACCUGCAAGCCACCAGCCCUCCCAAGGCCUGUCGCACUUGGUCCUCUUGACAAGUGGGCGGCUCAAGAGGAAGAACCACAAACACGCGAUAAUCAAUUGAACAAUAUUGAAGACAAAUUUAAUACCAGAAUACGUUAUGGAGGACUUCAACAGUGAAACUGACAGUGACUAUACCAGUUACUGGAGAGACUGGUUCAUCUCCUCGCGAGGCAACGAGUAUUUCUGUGAAAUCGACGAGGAAUACUUGACCGACCGCUUCAACUUGACUGGACUCAACACCGAAGUCCAAUACUAUCAAUAUGCGCUCGACCUGAUCACAGACGUGUUUGAUCUAGAUGCCGACGAUGACCUCCGCGAACAAAUUGAGAAAUCAGCUCGUCAUCUCUACGGCUUGGUUCAUGCACGCUAUAUCGUGACGACUCGUGGAUUGGCUAAGAUGCUCGAUAAAUAUAAGAAGGGCGAUUUCGGAAAAUGCCCCCGUGUCUUGUGCGAUCAACACCCUUUGCUUCCCAUGGGCCAGUCCGAUCUGCCUAACCAAAAGACCGUGAAACUGUACUGUGCAAAGUGCGAAGAUAUCUACAACCCAAAGUCAUCUCGUCAUGCAUCUAUCGACGGGGCCUAUUUCGGCACAUCCUUUCACAACAUUCUCUUCCAGGUGUACCCAGCACUUGUACCUGAAAAGAGUAUUCAGCGCUACGAACCACGCAUUUACGGCUUCAAGGUGCAUGCAACGGCCGCCUUGGCUCGCUGGCAGGAUGCUCGCCGCGAGGAGAUGAAAGACCGUCUAGCAAAGCUGGGUAUGGAUCCUGGAUUUAUUGAGUCUAGCGAAGAUGAGAAUGACGAGUCCGAUGACGAGGUUGAUGACGAUAAGUCGGAGCCGCUUGAAGAAGAAGCAGCACCAGUUGCUGACAAUGCUUCUGCACGUAUGGACACCGGCAUCUAAAUUUUUGGCCAUGCGUCAAUUUCCAGUCGAUUUCUCGUCGCUCAGUUUCUUCACUGUGAUAAGGACCUGCAUAUUGAAGGCGUUCAGUGGUGGCGUUGGUAGCGAGUUUUGGUCUUAUCUGAGAGAACACCCAUUCAUGUCUUGCUCAAUGGUAAUAGAAUACUUCCUGCCAAGGGACGGAAACAGAAAUACUUCAAAAGAGCUUCUAUAACCUGCAGUUUCUGUAAUUUCGAUGUCGAGGACAAUGAGUAGCAUUUUCAGAAACAACAUUGAAAUCGUCUGCUCUCGCUGCACUCGAGAG